UUUUGAGUGGGUGUGCCUGCACAUGUGCAAACAGUAUAUCUGGAGUUAAUGAGGAGUGCAUGCGCCUGUAAAGCUAAGCACGUAUCCAGGCGUGGAUUACAGCAGUGGAUUUUUCGUUACCCUGGAGCUACAUGUGGGCCCCAGCCCCUGAGGCCUGGCUGGGAAAUGAAGCCUUUCCCGCGGCUGUAGGAGCACUGUGGGCAGCCAUGGCCCUGGAGAGGCGCUGUCUCCGGCGGGGAUCCCCUGCUGUGAUCAGGAGGGGCUGUCGCCGCCGUCCUGCAAAGCCUAGCCUGGCCCAGAUAUCCUCCACCCUGCUGUCAAGGACACGCCUGCAUGGCUUGAGGCAUGUGUGCUUCCCUGGUGGCUCUGUGGGCCGCAGGGCUUUCUGGCUGCUGGCCCUCUGCACCUCCGUGGGCCUGCUCUUAUCCUGGUCCUCCAACCGCCUCCUCCACUGGCUCUCCUUCCCCACAUACACAAGAGUCCACACAGAGUGGGCCAAGGAGCUCGCCUUCCCUGCAGUCACUAUCUGCAACAACAACCCUAUCCGCCUCUAUAAGCUCACCAAAAGCGACCUGUAUUUCGCCGGACACUGGCUGGGCUUGCUGCUCGCCAACCGGACGGUGAGGCCCAUGGUUCUGGACUUGCUUCAGGAGGACCGUCAGGCCUGGUUCAGGAAGCUCUCAGACUUCAGGCUCUUUCUGCCACCCAGAAACUUUGAGGGAACCAACCUGGAGUUUAUGGACAGACUCAGCCACCAGCUGGAUGACAUGCUCCUCUCAUGCAAAUACCGAGGAGAGCCUUGCAAUGCCCACAACUUCAGCUCUGUGUUUACCAGGUAUGGGAAGUGCUACAUGUUCAAUGCUGCGGAGGAAGGGAAGACGCUCCGCACUACCAUGAAGGGAGGGACAGGAAAUGGCCUGGAGAUUAUGCUGGACAUCCAGCAGGAUGAGUACCUGCCAGUGUGGGGAGACACCGAGGAUACAGCCUUCGAGGCGGGUGUGCGGGUGCAGAUCCACAGCCAGGUGGAGCCCCCUUUCGUGCACGAGCUGGGCUUCGGCGUGGCCCCUGGCUUCCAGACUUUUGUCGCCACACAGGAGCAGAGGCUGACCUACCUGCCUCCCCCGUGGGGAGAGUGCGAGUCCAAGGCUCUUGAGUCGGGCUUCUUCCAGGUCUACAGUGUGACGGCCUGCAGGAUCGACUGCGAGACCCGCUACAUCGUGGAGAACUGCAACUGCAGGAUGGUGCACAUGCCUGGUGACGCUCCAUUCUGCACCCCUGAACAGUAUAAAGACUGUGCCGAGCCUGCCCUUGGGAAGCUGUCUGCCGUGGAGAACACUAACUGCAUAUGCAGGACGCCGUGCAACAUGACCCGCUACAACAAGGAGCUGUCGAUGGUCAAAAUACCCAGCAAGACCUCAGCGCGCUACCUGGAGAAGAAGUUCAACAAGUCGGAGAAGUACAUCACAGACAACAUCCUGGUGUUGGAUGUGUUCUUCGAGGCUCUGAACUAUGAGACCAUCGAGCAGAAGAAAGCCUACGAGGUGGCGGGCCUGCUGGGUGAUAUUGGUGGUCAGAUGGGUCUUUUCAUUGGAGCCAGCAUCCUCACCAUCCUCGAGCUGUUCGACUAUGCUUAUGAGGUGGUGAAAGACAGACUACUGGACCUUCUGAGCAGAGACGAGGAGGAGGAGAGUCAUGGAGAGGAUGUGAGCUCCUGUGACCCGGUGGCAAACCACUCAGAGUCCAUCAGCCACACUGUGACAGUCCCCCUGCAGACCACCCUGGGCACCCUGGAGGAGAUUGCCUGCUGAGGCCCCCGCCCGCCCCCCCACCCCUGCAAAGCCACACACAUCCAGAGGGUCAGGGCUCCUGCUGCAUCCUCUACAAGGGCAUGCCUGCCAGACCUUCGCAGGGGAGGGGAGGAGACGAGGAUAUGAACAGGGGUUGGUCCGAGGACAGUGCUGAGCUCUGUCACAGCGCCCUGCCUGUGGCACUAAUGGGGAUUAAGGAGCUGUCGGCUGGACUUAUCGGCCCUCUCUGUCACCCUGUACUGUAUUGUAGUACCGGAGCAGCCUCCACAGUACCAGACCUACAGAGGGAGCCUUGGUCUCCUCACACACAGACACGCAUACACACUCACACAUACGCACACACAUAUACACAAACACACACACACAGACAGACAGAGACCAGGCAGGGCAACUACCGUGAAGGCGGCUCAUCCCUGUACAGGAUGUCUGUAUAACACACACCAUUCAUGUUGCUCACUGCCAAAUGUACUGUACAAAAACGGUUAUGAACUGUCCAAACUGCAUGCGUCGGUCUCUCUUGGAUCCAGUCUCGCGCUCUUUGCUGAUGCUGAUGCUGGACUGCAGUGUUGCUUUACUGUACAUGUGUGCCAUUCGCUGUGUCUCUCUCUCUCUCUCUCUCUCUCUCUAUCUUCAGAAAAAGGCUUGUGACCAGGGCCUGGGUGAGAUGUCAAACUUCGAAUGUACAGAUUGAACGUAUGGUUGUUUAAAAUCAUAGUUCAGAUGUGACCCAUCCAUCUUGGAAAUUCCACCCUGAUGAGGGAUGAAUCAUUUUUUUAGUUAAUUAUGUUUGAUGACAAAAGCUUGGUGAUGUAUGAUCGUUACUUGGAAAAAAAAAAAAACAAAAAAAAGAAAUACCUGAAAAUUGUGCUUUGUUUACCCAAAAUAGAGUGAAAUUGAACAUUUUGCAGCCUGCGCUGGAUAUUUUUUCAUAUGUCAGUUUCAGUUUAAUCAGUCUACUAAAAGGCAUGUUUUAAAUAUGAGACCCGGGGUGCUACGCUGUUUUCUACAGCCAUAUUUAAAGGGAUGUCAUACUUGUACUAUACACGUUAAUUCAUGUGAAUAAAUCACUGGCUUCUGGCUGCUUCACCUCACUACGACACCCAGCUAAGUGAGGUGGAAUAUGACUGUGUUUGCCUGCCAGACAGCAAACCAUGUACAAAAUGCUCUAGCAAAUGAACAUGCCCAGGGUGUUUUUUUUUUUUUUUUUUUAAAUCAUCAGUUCACUUAGAGGAGGCGUGAUAUUUGAGACAGCUGUUAUCAUCACAUCAAAGGUAGCAUCGGUUUGUACAUGACCAGAAAAGUCCACUUUCCAUCCACAGACAGCAUCUGCAUCAAAAUAAUGCUCAUGAUUACAGAAACUAUGGUAAUGGUGGCGGGUUCGGCCAGGAUGAACUUUUUUUUUUUUUUUACAAAUUCUGUUUUGUUUUCAGAGGAUACAGGGUCUGCUGUAUUAUGGUGUAAAUAUGGUGUUUUUGCUCAAAAAAAAAAAAAAAAGAA